AUGCGUGACAAAUAUGCAAAUUGCAGGACAGUUGGACGGUCUGCGAAAGAGAUAGAGAAGAUAAGUUUCAAAGUGAAGCUCUCAGGUCCCACCAAACUUUGCAAGCCAACUGCUAUGCUGUGUAAAACUGAUGGUUUACUGAGACUGAGCUUUGAGUGUGAUCAGCUGAGAAAGAUGUCAGGUUUCAAUAAAAAGGGUCUGCAUAUGUUGGUGUAGUCCGCCCAUAAAAGAUGGCAGCAUUAGAGGCUGAGUCGUCAGCAUACAAGUGUGAUGGCUGUAAUCAAGGCUUUUCUGAGGAACGCAACUUUAUGCUUCACGCCCUUUCUUGCAUUGACCUUGCGGAACUUGAUAAGAAAGCAGGUCGACCGAAGCGUAGCUAUGAUAUAGCAGCCCCAGCCCCGGAUAUACCUAAGACAGAUAAUCCCCCUGGUAUUAGCAUGAAAGACUCCUCAACUGCUGGCAAUACAGCAAUUAAUAAGGCAGAUUCUGUUCCCUCCAAAGACACUUCAGAAUCUAAACCUAAUAUAGAGACAGCUUCCUGUGAACCACAGACGAACAACAAUAUUAAAAGUGCUACUCAAAUUGAAAAGACUAAUCUUGGUGCAACAGCUCAAAAUAUAGGCCCAAGUGAUAAUAACAAAGCAGCUAUUAUAACCACUGGUGAUAUAAAACAUGAUACACCAAUUAAAGAUAUUGCUGAAACCAGCACGCCAAAAGCUGUUGAUGAAAUUCCUAAAGUGCUGCAAAGACCAGGCAAUAAGGUUGAAUCUGUUGUUAGAUUCUCUUCAAAGGACUUCGAGAAAGUUUCGAACAAUAGUGGUACUGACAGUGAUACAACAAUACCUGAUAGAGACACUCCCACUGUGAACACUAGCAAGAAACGAAAAAUAUAUAACAAAGGCAAAGGUCUAGAUUCCAUUGUUCAGAAGCUAACAAGCUCAAUUGCUCAUAAAACAGAAUCAAAGAAACUAAGCGAAUCUUUGACUCCUGACAAUAGCAGUAAAUCUGCAUCAGUGAUCCCUAGUAAUAGUGGAACUACAACAAUUCCUGAAAAGAUUGUACCUACAACAAUUGCUGACAAAACUGUACCUAAAACAAAUAUCCCUGAUAAAACUGUUCCAACAACAGAUAUCUCUCGCAAAAGUGAACCUACAACAAAUAUACCUGACAAAAGUGUACCUCCAACAACCAUCGCUGAUAAAGGUGUAGCUACAACAAAGAUAUCUGACAAAAGUGUACCAACAACAAAGCUUCUGGAGAAAGGUGCACCUGCAACAAAGACCCCUGACAGAAAUGAAACUAAAUCAAACACUGACAAUAAAUGUGAUAUUUUACCAGGAAAAUCUGUAACAUCAGUUCAUGGUGGACAUUUGAAUGCUUCAAGUGGGGAAAAGGCAACUGAAACUAAAACUUCAUCUUCUAGUUUACAUAAAAUGUCUUCUCAGAAGAAGCCAGAUGUUUCAAAAUCUGCUUCAGACAAUGUUAAAUCAAAUGGAAAAAACAUUUUUGAAUCCAUAAAAUCAAAGGACGAUUUUAGUAAAUAUGAGCAAACUUCAGGGACAAGUAAAACCUCAAGGUCAGAUGUAUAUUCACAUUAUAUGUCUCCUGGUCCCAGAAGUAGUAACAUGACACCUUUUGAUAUUGUAGAAAUGGUAUACAGACCAAGUUUAGCAUCUGAAGAGAAUAUAGCUAGACGUAGUCCUGUAUUGGGUGAAAAGAUACCUAGUUCUAAGGGCUCUGUAAGUUCAAAACCCCCUCCAUCAAGUUCCAGUCCUUCUGGGUUCAAUUCAAAAAAAAUAGUUCCCAAGUCUAGUGUUUCUGAGACUAAAUCACAAGAUCUCUACCGUAGCAGUAUCAGCAAAGAUCCAUUAGGUAGGAGUGAGAGCCCAAGAAUGAUCUCUUUAUUACAUAGUUCCAAGGCUCCAAAAUCUCCUAGUUCAGAUGUUAAGGUAGCUUCCAGCAAGUCUGUUUCUACUUACAAAACAUCAACAGCAGUUAAACAAGGUCCAAGUGUUGGUGUUAAGAAGAAUUCAAAUGUUAGUUCUGUCAUAGAUAAACCAAGUAUGAAGAGCUCUUCAUCAGCAAGUGGGAAGCAUAAUUCCUUUGAUAGUAGUAAGACAAAAUCUGUUGAAAGUAGCAAGUCAAAAUCUGUUGAAAGUAGCAAAUUUAAAUCUGUUGAAAUUAGCAAACCAAGAACUGUUGAAAGUAACAAUUCAAAAUAUGAUGAAAUUAGCAAGUCAAAAUCUCUUGAAAGUAGCAAGUUGGUAUCUGUUGAAAGUAGCAAACCAAAAUCUGAUGAAAUUAGUAAAUCAAAAUCUCUUGAAAGUAGCAAACCAAAAACUGUUGAAAUCAGCAAGUCAAAAUCUGAUGAAAUUAGUAAAUCAAAAUCUGUUGAAAGUAGCAAACUUAAAACUAGUGAAAGUAGCAAGUUGAAGUCAAGUGAUGGUGAAUCUAAAAUUAUUAAGCCAGUGACAAAGAAGGGUGAUGGAAAAGAGAAGGCAACUAAAAAAGAAGAUAUGCCUCGUCAGCAGACUGAAACAAGCAAAAAGUCAGAACAAAUAGUAAAAAAGUUAUCAAAGGCAAGUGUAUCUGAUCCAUCAACAUCAGGAUUUAGUCAAAAGAAGGUAGAGACCACACCACCUGCUGUAAUUGCACCACCUGUAUUAGAUGCUCCACAACUUGAUCAAGCAAAAGAUGUGCAAGUAAAAGAACUUAAGUCUGGAGAGGAGCCAUCUCCAGGAGAAACCAAUGACCUUGAUAACCCCCCUACUUUAGAGAAAUUUGACCCUUUGAAAAAGUUCAAAUGUAUCAAGUGCAACUUCAUUGCAUAUUCAGUCACUGACUUUGCGAAACAUCUCAGUAAUCUGGCACAUAUCAAAGGUGUUAAAAAGUUUGAGGCUUUGAGAAAGAAGGAAAAGGCCAAGAAAGUCAAAGAAAAGUUGAAAAAGGGAAAGGUAACUAAAGCAAAAGAAUUAAGAAAAGGAAAGUUGAAGGAAAAGAAAUUGAAGGCCAUUGUGAAAAAACAGUUGAAAUCAGGAAAAAUUCUCAAAACAAAGACUAAAACAUCAAAUCAGGUGAUAGCUAAUAAAGUAAAGAAAGCGGCUCUUAAAGCAAAGCAAAAACCAAAUUCUAAAACAGCCCAGUCUAAAGCUGUGGAUACAACACCAAAACAAGAAACAACUGGUGUGAAGAUAGGGACUCCCAUGAAAAAUUCAAAUGGUUUCAAAUGCAGCCACUGUGACUCCUGGUCAACACCAUCAAGGCCAACAUACAAUCGGCACAUGAUGAGUCAGCAUGAUGUGCUUAUGUCAGAUUUCUUUUUCUCCUGCACAUAUUGUGAAUUGCGCACUACUGAUGGAUAUGACUUCAACCGUCACAUCAAUACAACUAGACACCAUGAGAAUGCACCAAAGAGUGCCGGUAAAACGAUUGAACGGUACAAGAUCACAGCUGAAGAGGCUCAAUCAACAGCUUUUACUCAAUUAAAAUCACCCUCUGAGGUUAAGGGAACAUCUACAGAUAAAAACAAGGGACAAAUUAAGAAAAAUGUGAAAUAUAAGAAGGACAUCUCAGCUAAAACAUCAAAACUAGGAAAAAGCACAAGAGCUUCCAAAGAUCCAAUUAUACGCCCAAGAGGUCGACCAAAGGGAAGUAUGAAUAAACCUUCUGUCAGUACUAAGCAAACUUUGAAAUUUGGAAAGACUAAAAGCAAAGCAGAUGAUCUUGAAGAUGAUGAUGAUGGUGAUGAAGAUGAUAUUGUUCUCUCUAAACUGGCUAGUGGAGAGAAGGAAGAAAAUAGUGCGGAAAGUAACAAAGAAAUUCCCAAACCUACUGAGACAGAGGACGAUAACAAUUUAUCUGCAAUUUCGAUUGGAUCAGCUUCAUCUGACCAAGAUACUACAACUGCUAUUAAUGAAGAAUCUGAUAUUACAGCAAAGAAGUCUACUUUAAAACACUCAAUUCAGCCAGUUAAACCAAGAGGAUUGAAAUCCCUGUCACGUUUUCCAGUGAAACCUAUAUCAGUAAAAGCUAAGAAAAAUAAAUUUAUGAAGAAAGAAAUACCCAAGAGGAGGUCAACUCGGUCAGGAAAUGCACAGCAAGAUGAUAUUAAAUCUGAAGGAACUGUGGACCAGACCAGCAGUGAAACCAAAGAGGAGCCAUCUGAAUAUGACACAGAAGAUGCUUCUAAAUCAGUUGAUAAGAGAACUUCAGAUGGUGUAGACGACCUCACUGAUUCAGAUGAAAAUAUUCCAAAAACCAGAAAAUUUGAUGAACCAGAAGAUGAAGUAUCUGACCAGAUUAAUCAAAAAUCUGAAGACAUUGAAAAUGAGUCUGAUAAGGAUAAAGCAAUUGGAAAUGAUGCCAUAGAAAGUGAUAAAGGUAAGACCAGAAAAGGAAGAAGGUCUAAAAAUAUAAAAACUGAACCAACUGAAAUUGAAAGAAUUGAGCCAAAAGAUUCAGUCCAAGAUGAUUCUGAAACUGAUAGCAUCAAAGAAGCCGGAAAGAUUAAGCAAGGUGAACCAAAAACCAGAAAAAGAAGGAUACCAAUUGAGCUCCCUCCUCUGACAAGAGAAAUAAAGAAGCGUAAUGUGAACAGCAUAUAUAUGAGACCUGCUAGACCUACACGAGAAGCUAAGUCAGCAACAUCAGUAUCUCAAAAGAAAGGAAAACAGAGAGUGGACGCUAGAAAUGAAUUGUUUGAGAAAAAUGACGGUCCAAAUGGAAAGAAAGGGACAAAUUCUAAUGGAAGAACUGAGAAACCCGAACCAGUGCCUGUAACGAGGUAUUUUAGAAAAGAUAUUGAGGCAAAACUCAAAAGGAAAUUUGUACUCCAAGCUCAAAAUAAGAAAGCAGUUAAACGAGGGAUGGCUUUAAGAAAGAAAGUUGAAAAACCUAUCGCAAGGCUGACCCGUACUAAUGGAAAACCUCAGGUUAAGAGUGCACCAACCAAAGUUAAGAAAAAUACUGAAAAGAUCAAAAGUAUUGUUGAAGAUCUGAAGCCUGUUACAGUUGAGAAGACUGUAUCAACUCCAGAGAAGAAUGUGACCACAACUCCUAAUAAGAAAUCUGGUGGGCAAAUAAUAUACAAAUGCACAAUGUGUGCACCAAGCCACCAGUCUAAAAACCGCUACGAUUUCACAAGGCAUUUAAAUUCCAAACUACACAUCAGCAAUGCAGAAAAAAUACCAGGUGCAUUGGAUAUGGUUGCUCUUGACUUUGUGAUUUCCGGAACCCCUCGUACCCUCCCAAUUCCAACAGCAAAGCACCAAAUGAAACCUCGAACACUGCUCAAAACUACUAAAUCACAACUAAUUCUGAAUAAAGCCAAAUUAAAGGCAAAUCAAAGGGUACAAAAAUCAAUAUUGAACAAAACAACUAAAAAACAAAAGCUCAGUGAUGAUACCUCAGUGAUUCCUGAUACUGUUGAUGAUGAUAACAUAACUGAUGAUGUAGAUGUGAAACCUAAAGCAAGAGGUAGAAAGAGAAUGGCACCUCCGUCAUCAACCAGUAAUGAGAACUCCAAAAAAGCAAAGCGAGGUCCUAAGAAACAAACUAAAGAUGGUUCUGAUACUGGAAAAGGAAGCAGGAAAUUCAGCAUCGAAGAAACUGUGAAAUUAGUCUCUGUAACAAAACCUGAUGAAGAAGAUCUAGAGGACCUUCAACCAGAUCCAAAUGAGGAUACCGACAAAAACACACUUCACCAGCAAAUAGAAACCCAAAACAUGGCACAUAAUUUAUCAAAUAUCGCAAAUGGAAAUUUGGUAUCAACUGAUGCCAAAGCUAGUGAUGUUGCCAUGGAAACUGUGGAACUAAAUGAUGAUUCAUUCGAAGAUUCAUGGCGUAAUGCACUCAAGGCUGAAAAUGAUAUUGACAUUAGUGAACGAAAUGCUACAUUAUUCUUUUCUGAUAUGGACACUCAAGUUGAGAAGGGGGACCUCAUCAAUGUUGACAAAUCGUGCAUUUUAUAUGCCAAGGAGGCGGACAGUGUCUUAGGCCCAGUUGAACCACCAACAAGAACAAAAGAUGGCAGCACAGAUUUCAAUAAUGAUCUACUCCAUAGCAACAGUAACACAACCAAUCAAGGCAUCAAUAAUGAUAGUAGCCAUAACAACAGUGAAACAACCAACCAAAGCAUCAGUGGUAAGAACACAACAGGAUCACCCUCGAAGGGGAAACAGUCUGCCAAGAAAAGCACCACAAAAAACAAGGCCCUCAAAAGAAAAUCUAGUGUCACGAAGAAAAACACAUGUGGUAAGAGGAUGAAAACUGAAAAAAGUGCAACAACUGAUCUUAAUGAACCUCCAGUAUUAGAAAACAUAUUUGCUGAUCAGAACCAAGAUGAUAACACCAGUGCUUCCAGUGACAUUUGCCUCAAAGUUGAACCUGGUCUAGAGUUGGAAAACUCUUUUGUACCAUCCAUGGGGAUUGAAGGUGCUGAAAAUAAUCAUGAAAUGAGCAACUUUAAUCACGUAGCUACCCCAGCAACGCCAAAUAUGGACCCUAAUAAUUUACAAAAGUUGGAAAUGGAUCAGAAGACACCAUCUGAGAUUCCAAAAGACUUUCAGAAAAUAUUGCCAAACAAAAAUAUUCUUGAUAAACCUAUCAUGCAUUGUUCAUCCCCAGGAUGCAAUUUCAAGGCUACCAACAAGACUUAUAUAGUAAGACAUGAGGCAACACUUCAUCACAUCUUAAGAGAUGGCGUCAAAUAUCUCUCAUGUGAAAAGUGCAACUAUGUAGUCAUGUGCCAGAGUGAAUUAGAUCGCCACUUAAAGAGCAAAUGGCAUCUUACAGGAGAAAAAGGAAAAUUACUAGGCAAGUCUAUCAGUACCCCUGUACAGAAGUUGUACAGUGGUGUACCUAUUGAACAAAUAGAGUAUCAGAAGAACCAAGUAGGAGCUAAGACAAAAAAGAAAGCCAAGAGGGUAAAGAAGGAAAAGAUUAAAGUGAAAAAGGAAAGGAUUAAGGUUAAAAAAGAAAUAGUUCAAAAGAUUAAAAAUGUUAAAAAGAAAGCAACUACUACACUUAUGAAAAAGUCUGUUGCCAAAGCCAAGAAAGUGCAAAAAAUAAAAAUCAAGACUGAACCAAAAGAUCCAGAUGCAAUGGUAUAUAAUAUAAAGAAAGAAGAUCGCCAGAAGGUAUGGGAAGCGAAAGGUAAAACCUAUAAAGGAAAAUUUAAAAACGCAAGUGAAGCACUAAGAAAUAAGGAAACUGGAUUAUUUCACUGUUUAAAAUGUCCCUUCAAGACCAAUGUUCAGGGAAGCUACAAUCGGCACAUGGUCAGUUUCCAUAAUGUUAAUGCUGGUGUAGUAUAUGAAUGUCCUUUGUGUGACCUUAGAACCACUCAACGGUAUGACUUUGGGAGGCACCUGCUCUCCCAAAGACACCAGAGUCUUGCUGUUUUACAACAGAUCGGUGACAAACCCCCAGAAUACUUCAAAGUAAUCAAUGAAGAUGCGAUGACCCCAAGUGGAAUUCGAAACCAAAUGGAGAAUACAAGAUCAUACAAAGAUCCUAAACCUAAGUAUAACAUUGCAAACUCAUCUUUCUAUUCAUCCCCCUCCCCACCCAGAGCCAACAUAAAGAAGGGAAAGUCACCUGUUCAACAAGCAGCAUAUAAACCAAAACCUCUAUCUAAAAAGACAACCCCCAAGACAAAGACACCAAAGAAGGUGAAACAGGAGAUGGUGCAGAAUGAAAGCCUGUUUGUGUCUCCAAAAAGGGAAGUAAUUGAUGAGGUGAAUCCAAAUAUUGAGCAGUCAGAUAGUGAACUUGAUGAAUAUGUUGUUUAUCUCCCGGCUGAUGGAAACCUCACUGACGAAGCUGAUGAAAUGGAAAACUUUGAAAACAACUCAAACAAUUUUGAUUUGGUUGAAUUCAAAGCUAGCAGCUUAAAAGAAGACAUGACAAAAUCAUGGGUUAAAAAUAAUAUUGGUGGCGAGGAUGACACUGAUCAUGGGGUUCCAGCAAGUUCUGCUCUGGAUAGUCUUAUACACAAUACAACAGUUACUGUAUAUGAGGAGAAUCAAGAAUCAGCCACAACCAUUGGGAUGAACCUAUCCUGUGGAUGUCCCAGUGUGGACCGUUGCCAUUGCAUGGAUGAUAUGGUCGAAGUUGUUGAUAAUUCAUCAAAUGUUACUGAAGAAGAUCUGAAAAUUGUUAAUAUCGGUGAUAAACUCAUAGAACCAGCUAUGAAAUGGGUUACUUUGGUUGGGAAGGAUUGGAAACGUGAUCUGUGUGAUUUUGAAAAGGAGGCUGAGACUCAAACUUUGAUUUUGACUCAAACCUAGAUUUUAACCAGUAUUGGACUGCUGUUAUUUUAGUUCUUUGAAUAAUUAGAUUAUCAAACUAGGCUAUUUUUAAUGUAUAUGUAGGGCUCCUUUAGUAAUUAAAUAGAAUGGGUUUGACUUUAUCUACAAGAUGCAAUGCAGGAAUUCUUAUUAAAAAUAUUGCAGAGUAUAUCAAGAAAGCAUGCAAUAAUUAUGAUCUAAAGGUGACAUUUUGCAAUAUGAUUUAAUGUAAAAAAUGUUUAUUAAUGUACAAGUGAGUUUCAGCAUAGUAGUAUGUUGUCAGGAAAAAUGAGUAUGGAAGAGUUUUGGUUUGUUUAUACAAAUGGUUCAUUUUUGAGUGAUAGAUAUUCACAGAUUCAUACAUGUCCUCAAUAGGCCUAUGUCUGUGUAAAUAUGUAAAUAUCUAAAAUGUAAAUUGAACAAGCCUUAGAACAUAGGAAUUAAGAUUCAUUCUAGCAUUCAUACUUCUUUGUCUUAGGUCCAACUUGAACUAGCAUCGAGACUAAACAUUUUUGGAUUAUUUUUGUUUGAUGUUGAUUGGAAUUAUUUCUGUUAGGUUUAGGUUUCCACUUUUAGGUGAUCAGAAAAUGAUGAAUUGUAGCUAUUUUAUCGGAUUUAUUGGCAGUUGUAUUAAGAUGAAAAAUUACUGAUUGCACAAAAUUAUAAAGUUCAUAUUCAGGUUCAUACAUUCGUAUAAGUUGUUCUACUGUAUCACCUCAAUAUCAAUUGUUAUAUAUUUUCUAAAACGUCCACCAAAUUGAAAACCUGCAUACUUUCUAAAAGGGCUCUGACUUAAGCCAAUAGUAUGUUGCUACACAAAGAAAAAUGACAGCCAACAAUAAAACUAAUAUGCUUACUAACCAUGUUUAUUCUGGUGGUAGAAAUACAUGGUUUGUGUUUUUUUACAUGAAUGUAUUUUAGAGUACUCUAGUAAUAAAGUUUGUAAAAUGAAAUGUUUAUAAUUUGUACAUUUUCAACCUGUGUCUGGGUAUAUACAUUAUAUUAUAGUGUAUCUCUGUAUACUUUCAUAUAUUUGUUGAUUUUCUAAGAUUGUGUUCUAAAAUGUUGUCAGAAAAGAGUGGUCAGAUAUAAAUACAUGUACACCUGUACACUGAAACCCUGUAAAAGUAAGGAAUUCCUAACUGUAAAAAGACCUCCAACAAUUUUUAAAAAACACUAAUGUACUGUAAACAUUAUUUUGAAAACCAUUCUAUGUACUCAUUGUUCUUCCCAGAAUUUUAUCUCAUGUGGGUCCAAAAUGCCACCUGUAAGCAAUAUACAAGGUGUCCAGUAUUAGAGUAAUAGUAUUUGUAUCUUUACUUUCCAGUCCUGUACUUGUGUAACAGUUGUUAAAAUUAUAUUUUGAUCUAAGAAUCGAUCAUGUUAAAACAAUCUAGAAAGGUUUGUAUUAAAUUGAACAUGUUAAUUGAAAGCAUGUAGAUCAUGUAGAUAGGCUUUAAGUGACUUGUUGAAAUGACCAUGUAAACCAUGUUGAUAGGCUCCAUGUUGAGUGGCUUGAAACCACGUUGAUAGGCUAUGUGUAUUGUGUUGAAAUCAUCAUGUAAAUUAAAACCAUUGAUAAUAGCUAUGUAUAAUGUGUUCAAAUUACCAUGUUGAUAGCCUAUGUGUAUUGUGUUGAAAUUAUCAUGUAAAUUAAAACCAUUGAUAAUAGCUAUGUAUAAUGUGUUCAAAAUACCAUGCUGAUUGCAUAUGUGUAGUGCAUUGAAAUGAUUAUGUAAACUAAAACCAUUGAUAAUAGCUAUGUGUAAUCUGUUCAAAUUACCAUAUUGAAAGGCUAUGUGUAUUGUGUUGAAAUUAUCAUGUAAAUUAAAACCAUUGAUAAUAGCUAUGUAUAAUGUGUUCAAAAUACCAUGCUGAUUGCAUAUGUGUAGUGCAUUGAAAUGAUUAUGUAAACUAAAACCAUUGAUAGCUAUGUAUAAUGUGUUCAAAAUACCAUGUUGAUAGGCUAUGUGUAUUGUGUUGAAAUGAUCGUGUAAAUUAAAACCAUUGAUACCUAUGUGUAAUGUGUUCAAAUUACCAUGUUAAUAGUUUCUAGGCUAUGUGUCUUAUGUUGUAAUGAUCAUGUUAAUUAAUGGCUAUGUGUAAUAUGCUGAUACCAUGUUAAUGGACUACAUGUAAUGUGUUGAAAUUAUCAUGUUGUGUAAUGUGUUAAAAUGAUCAUGUUAAUUAAAAUCAUUGAUAAUAGCUAUGUGUGAUCUGUAAUGUGUUUGAUUGAUCAUGUAAAAACCUUGUAGAUAGGUUUAAUAAGUAGGUAUACAUAAUGAGUUAUAUUCAUUCAAACUAAUAACUAAUAAAUGAGAAAAUAUGAUUAAAAUGGUUAAAAACCUGCAGAUUAAGAUUUAUUAAAGAAAUGUAAAUAUGCUAUAUGAAGUUUGUAAAUAUAAUGUAAUAAAUACUAGACACCAUAUACACCAGUAGAGUUAGAAAGCAAAUUAAGCAGCAGCAAAAAAGUAGAGUUUACAAAUGUACAAUGUUGGAAGCCAACUUUACAACAAAAAACAUACCAGUGUUUCCUUUACUACUCUAAUUCUACUAUUCUAUUAUUUGAAAAAAUCAAGAUGCUGUAUCUGAUCAAACAUAGAAGUUAUUGAAGAUUUUAGGCCAUGAAUGAAAUUAGAGAUAUAAUUGCACUGAGAAAAUGGAAUAUUCUAAAAUUGUGACAAACAAUCAAAAACUUUCAAGUUUAUUUCUCUUGUCUUUGUUGCCCCUUUAAGAAAACAAUUUGAUCAUUAAGUACAGGAAAACUGAACAAGAAGCCACUGUCUUGGCUAUUUUCUCAUACAUUGAACAAACUUGCUUUGCUUCGUAAAGGACAGAUCAGAGUAUUGUACAUUUUGAAUAUCAUGUUAAGGAUGCUUUUAAUACUAUUUUCUGAUGAUAGAUGGCAGUGCUUCACAGUGCAUCGAUCAAGUUUUCCCUGACAGGAAAAUUGUUUUCAAAAGAAUUAGGGGAGGGGGCAAAGACUGUGGAAUUGUAAAAAAUCUGAUUUUAUUGCUGUUAUAUGCCUGUUGAAAGAAAAUACUGUAAAAUUGUUUUUAUAAUUUUUAAUGCCUUGAUUUAAAGAUGAUUUUGAAUUAAAGAUACUAUUGAUGAGGAUGAUCUUUGUAAAUAGAAUUGUAAAAAUAUAUUUUAAUGAAAAGUAGUUCAAUUUUCAUGUUCAGUUAUAAUGUCACUAAGAAGUGAUGACUGUCAUAUCGUAUAGCCACCAUUUUUGUGACCAGUAGGCUAUUUGGUGUGUCUGCAACAAAUGAUUACAUUUCCAACUACAAAUGUGACUCCAUUCUUUGAGAAUAAAGCUUCACAUUAUAUUAAAGGACAAGCCCCUAUUGCUUGGUAUAGGCAAUAACUUGAGGAAAAAUACAACUUUGAAACUUAAAGUGGUUUUGAAUCACAGAUAAUCCCUUACUGUCAUGCCCUGAAAUAAAAAAAAUGAAUGGAGGGGAAUUGUGUAGAGCAAACGAUUUCUGUCUUAGAUGAUCAUUCCAUACAAUGGAAUGCAAAACUGUAUUUGGUGAAUGAUGUAUACUGCUUAGAUUUGUGGUUAUUUUCUAGCAGUAAAUUGACUUUAAUGUUUGAAUUGAUGUCGCAUCAUACAUAUAGCUUACUAAGCUUGUAUUCACAAAUGCAAUUUUAGGCUUGUCGGCUACUGGAUUAAUCUACUAUUUUAUGACCAAUUCAUUUAAAUAUGCAUGGAAUAGUGCCAGGUACUAUUCAUAUUUAAAUGAGUUGCCCAUAAAAAAGUAGGUUAAUCUAGUAACUGGCAGCCGAAAGUUGUAUUCGCGAAUACAAGCUUAGUUUUUAUCGUACCUAAAAAAUGGUACGAUAUUGUCGUCAGCUUGGUGGAUGGCAUCUCACUUGUCAUCACGAUUCCAGGAAAACCACUUCAUGGAUUUACUUCAAAUUUUCACACAUGUUACAUGGUAAAAAGUUCUCAAGCUGAUUAACUUUUUGGUGUUCAUCUUGCAUUCUGGUGGCCAUCGAGGGAGUUUCUAGAUAAAUCUUGCCAUCAUGAUUCCAUGAAAACCAUUCAAUGGAUUUACUUAAAAUUCUUACACAUGUUACAUGGUAAGAAUUUCUAGAACUGAUGAACUUUUCGGUGACCAUCUUGCUUACUGGGUCAACAAGCCCACACUGCUAUGUUUUAGGUACGAUAUUGUUCACAAUGUGCCUUGUGAUAAAGCCAUCAGAGUGGUGGCAUAGUGAACAACGUUUCAUAUCCUAGUUUGUUUAUACUGCAAGUUAUAGAUCAAUAUUGUUUUGACUGGGGUGUUCAAUGUAUACCAUAAUCACGGUGUUAUAGCAUGACGGAUACGCCACCUCUGAAAACGAGGUUAGUCGAAUACGAUCACUGAUUUAUCCAAUAAAAUGGCCACGAUGAAACAGAAAGCUAAGGUAGGUGCAUUAUUUUCUACUACUGCGUAUCAAUAAAAGCAUGAAAGAUUUAUGUAAGCGUCGCAUUCGGUGAUGUAUUCAGUAAUGUUUAUUUUGAACGUAAACUUUGCAAAUCGACGCCCAUGGAUAACAUGAAAUAAGCGAAAAACUGUCGAG